AUGGCUCCAUCUCUUACAAGUUCAUCCAAUUUCCUUCGACCCAGAACCAGAGACCGCGGUGAUGAGCGCCCUAGCACUCGGGAAAAUAACCAGGAUCACAACCUCAUAAUUCCUAGCCGAACUUCAUCUCUCCACUCGAGAAUUACACAACCCAUUCCUUCUUCACUCAACGCAAAACCUCAAGCUCGCACACCAAAAACCCUCACUCAUGCCUACAUGGUAUGCGGUGUUGGUCGAGAACCAGCACAAUGGGUGAAGGCUCCAGCUCCAGCGCAAGGAAAGAUUCAACAUAUGAAAGGCGCCGUGGGUCAAUUUUGGCUUCCUGAGAUUCUCGGUAGCAGUCCUCGACUGGAGCAAGAUAAUGAAAUCGCCAGAGCUCUCCACUCUGCAAUGAGGGCAUGCUUCCCUCACGAUGUCGAAAUCUGUACAGGACGUAGUCAACCUCAUUGCGUUCACCAUUCCUUCGUUCUUCAGCAAGAUUCUUCGCAUACUUUGUACGGUAUCGCAUUACGAGUUUGGUCCCGAGCAGAUGAGAAGCGUGCAGAGACAAUUCGCGAUUUGAGAAGAAGGACAGAAUCGGACUUCUACGACUCGGCAGACGAAACUUACUGGAUCCCAUACUGCUUGUCUUUCCUUUCCAGAUACCCAUUGUAUAAUCUGCUAGGUGACUACCUCCGAGGAAUGUGGAUUCAUUGGAACAAAGCUACCAAUCUUUUCCACGCGGAAGAGGUCUCGAGAAUAUUGAGCUUUCCAGCUCCCAGGCUCAAUGAUCUCGUACGAAUUGACAUGAAGGACUACGCGCUUUGUUACCAAUUCCCAUCCUCUCCAACGGGCUUCCAGAACUUCGCCAUGUGGCCAUUGUUCUCUUGCUUAUCUAUUCCUAACAUUGUAGGAGUAAUUGAAGCAGCUUUAUCACCCACUCGUCGGAUCAUCUUCGUCUCCCAUUACCCUGCCAUGCUCACAGUGGCUUCAGAGACUAUUCGAUACUUUGUUCGAGUUUACGAAUGGAGUGGCCUUUAUGUUCCAGUUGUUCAUGCAAGACACGCGCAAGAACUUGUUCAGGAGCCUGGGCCAUACAUUCUUGGAAUCACAGCAGAAUGUCGAUCCUUAUUCACCGCACCCACUGAUGCUUUGGUUGUGGAUUUGGAUCGCAACUUCGUUCUAACCUCUAGCCCACCUACCGCUUUGACUGCUGGUCAACGCACAAAGAUGGUCAAUCGCAUUACUCAAGCUCUCAACGGUGAUGUCACACCUUCUGGUGUACCACAGCAUCUACGCUCAGCUUAUGGCGGUGGUAAAUUAAUUCCAGCUGGUCAAAUCAUUGUUAUGCGCGGUGAAGUCGAGUCUAUUCAAGACCCAGAAUGGUGGAAUCAAGAUGCUACUAUGGCCGUGAUGGAUCAUGUUUGUGAGAAGAUGGGACGAAAUACCGGAAUCAAGGCCGUAUUUGGAGGAGCUCAAAAGAAACCCUUAAUGACUAAGGUUUCUAUGAGACAUCUGAAUGAGAUUGUACGCGAGAGAAAUCAAUACUCCAGAGAUGCGCUUGAGGCAUGGCAAGAUUUCAUCAACCUCAAGGGUCGCAUGGAUACAGAGCUCGGCAAAGUCACCAAGAGAAAUAAUUUCUUGGUUGAAGAACUGGAAAGCUGGAAACAACAAUUCCUCAAGUUCCAAGCCUUUGCUGAGCAACUUACUAAGGAGACUCAAGAUCUUAAGGUCAAGAUUGAAACCCACAAACGGGAAAACAGACGUCUUACCGGCCUUAUUGACCAACAGAAAGACGACGCAGCUCGUCUCAGCACCCGUCUCUCUGGUACAGAAAAGCAGCGUGAUGAUGCCCUCGAAGCGCUUGUUCUCCAACAAGAGAUUGCUGAAGAACUCGAGCGUGAACGCAAGCGCAACAAGAAAGAGCUUGCAGACCUUCAACGCACCAACUCCACCCUACUGCGACAACGAGAUGAGGCACAGCGAGUUGUGCUACAUCUCCGCAGUCUUAUCGGUGGCCAAUCUCACCACUUGGAGCACUUGGUCCGCACUAUCCAGAAGAGUCCAGAUAUCACUGAGUAUCUCGAUGCUGAAUUCGACCAAGAAGAGGGAGAAAUGAUGAGCGAGAUUGCCGAGGAGGGCAAGGCCGAAGGCAAGAGACCCACAUCCAGAGGACCUUCCGAGCGUGGAUCAUCGCGUGCUUCGUCUCGUACACCCUCACGUUCCCACCGAAUCAGCCGAUCUGGCGAUGAUAUGACUCCUGAGAUGGAGUCCAGACUAGUUGGUAGCGUACGAAAUAGUAAACGCUACAGUGCAAUCAGCAUUGCCGAUGUUGCCGAUCGUCACCUUCGAGACAAGACUGAUGCCAUUGCUCACAUCAUCCGAAACAUUAGCGAUCAAUGUGCAGCAGCUGUUGAGGGUCUGAUGAUGGCUCAUGAUGCGGAUGCCGAAGCUGAGGAACUUGCCAUGAGGGAGCAACGAAGACAUCGUGAAAGCAAUCUUUCAACAAUGGCCAGUGAUGGUGAACAAUCAGGGGAAGACAGCAUGCUUCAUCCAAGCGGUCGCGGUUCCAGCAUUCCUCCAACUCCAGAUCUCAGCCACAGAUCCAGCACCGCCAUGUCUAUCGCUAGCUCCUCUGUCACUACACCCGAAAGACAUAGCCAGCAAUACCAUGUCCGAGAUGACUUACCAACCAGAAUCAUCGAAGACAGCGAUGAGGAACUUGGUGGCCGAAGCGACACUGGAAGCCUACGACACAGCAUGAGUGGAAAGCCAGGAGGAUUACUCGGCCGCCCUGCAGGAGCUAGGAUAAGCGCUCUUGGUGGUCAUUAG